AUGGUUUGCGAACCAGUUUCUUCUUCCGUGGCCCGGCAGACUUGUCAAAGCGAACACUGCGGACACUCUUGUUGUUGGAACCCACCAGGCUGCUGUUACCACUUGGCCCACCUGGGCCGUGACUCUCUUGGACUCCCUCAACUUGACCAGGAACAAUUGGCAGCAAGGGAGGAUCCUCACUGGGAACUGCUGCAACUCGCUCUGACCCAAAGUCUUGACUUAGAUCAAAAGAACGUGUUCCUCCUGCGCUGCCUGGGCUUACAAUGCAGCGAACUUCUUCCAGAACCUUGCCCUGGAACACCACAGAUCCUUGAAGCAAAUUAA